AUGUCGAUCUCACGAUAUCGGCGUGGUCCUGUGUUGCAGGACAUCCCGCUGCACGUGACGAUGCUGACCUUCCUGCUGAUGGCCACGGACCGCUACCGGCUGGUGCUGUACCCCUACAAACCACGCAUCCCUGUCUGCAUCUGCGCGCUGGGAACCUGGAUGCUGGCCAUCUGCAUCGUGGUGCCAUACCCCUUCUACAUCACGUAUCUCGAUCUGGAGAAUUUUAGUGAGAACCAGCUACGGGGCAUCGGCGUGUGCAUGGUGAACCUGCCGGAGAGCAUGGAGGACUACAUGCGCGGCCUCUUCGUCCUCACGUACGUGCUGCCGCUGCUGUGCAUGAUGUACCUGUUCGUGCGCGCGCGAGUCGAGAUGAACCUGCGCGGCCCGCCGCUCGCCGCCAUCAUGUACCGAGCUCGCAACCACGACCGCCCCGAGUCGCCGAGCGUCGUCUUCAGGGAAGAGCCACAGGGACUGUACGAAGCGCAACUGGAUUUGGAAGACGAGAAACGCGUUCACGCGAACUUCGUUUCAAUGGUGGUCACCUACGCGCUGCUGCUGUUGCCGCUGAUGACUCUCCGACUAGUCAAUCAGAUGGUGGCUGAGACGUACGACAAUGGUGCCACGUAUGACGUCAUAUACACCAUCUUCGUGUGGUUUGCAUUCUUGCACACUUUCACCACACCUUUCUACUUCUAUGUCUGGAACGAUGGUCCGGUGACGAAGGAGCAGCUGAAGAUGUUCCUGUGCCCGGGCAGCCGGCGGCGGCUGCGGCGGCGCAGCGAGCGCGCUCUGGAGGCGGUGGUGGCCCAGCAGCAGCGCGCGCUACCGCGCCGCCCCCAGUCGCUGCCCCUCGAGCUGCCCCUCCCGCCGCUGGGGCCCGCGCUGCCCCCGUCCUCCGACGAGUCACCCGUGGCUUGCGCGGCCGUCGCCGCCGCUGCCGCCGCCGCCGACGCAGACAGCGACACCGUGGCGGCCGCCUGA